CCCUUGGCUCACACUCCCUCCCCAUCGAAAGCGGCCCCCCCGGCAGGGGGGGGGGGCCCAUGGAGAACCGGCACCGGUAACCUUGACCUCGCAUGAGGACCCAUCGCACGGGGACAACCGUUGCACGAGGACCGAGGUGGACCCAGGACCCCCCCCUCACCCAUGGCCCCCCCUUCCCCCCUCCUCCACCUCCCUCCCCCGCCCUGGGCGCUGUGGGGGGGGCCGCCCCGGCGCCUGACUGCUGUCACCGCUGUCGUCCUCGUCGCCGUCGCGGCUGUUGCGGCCUGUCCCGCCGUGUGCCGCUGCGCCGGUGGCCGCGUCUACUGCAACGACCGGGGGCUGACGGCCGUGCCUGAGGGGCUCCCGCCCGGCGCCACCACCCUAUUCCUGCAGAACAACCGGAUCGGUGACGCAGGGAUCCCAGCGCGGCUGGGCCGGCUGCCGGCCCUGCGCGUGCUCUACCUGUACGCCAACGCGCUGGAGCAGCUGCCGGCACACCUGCCGCCGGCACUGCGGGAGCUGCAUCUGCAGGAGAACAACGUGCGCGGGCUGUGCCGGCGGGCGCUGGCGCGGGCACCGCUGCUUGAGCGCCUACACCUGGAUGACAACUCGGUGUCGGCAGCCGGCAUCGAGGAGGACGCCUUCGCUGAGAACCGCCGCCUGCGCCUCCUCUUCCUCUCACGCAACCACCUGAGCAGCGUGCCGGCCGGGCUGCCGCCGGCGCUGGAGGAGCUGCGCCUGGACGACAACCGCAUCCACACCAUCCCGCUGCGCGCCUUCGAGGGGCUGCCGGCGCUGCGGCGCCUGGUGCUGGACGGGAACCUGCUGGCCAACCAGCGCAUGGCCGACGACACCUUCAGCCGCCUGGGCAACCUGAGCGAGCUCUCGCUGGGCCGCAAUGCACUUGCGGCCCCGCCGGCCAACUUGCCCCGUGCACGGCUGCGCCGGCUCUCGCUGGCCGCCAAUGCCAUCAGCCACGUGCCAGCCGGUGCACUGGCACGGAUGAGGGCACUGGAGCGACUGGACCUGUCGGACAACAACCUGACGACGCUGCCACGGGGGCUCUUUGAUGACCUGGGCAGCCUGAGCCACCUGGGGCUGCGCAACAACCCCUGGUUCUGUGGCUGCAACCUGGCCUGGCUGCGGGACUGGCUGCGCCGGCGUGCGCCGCCACGCCUCGAGGUGCGCGGGCUGCUGUGCCAGGCACCCGCGCGGCUGCGGGGGCUGCCGGUGGGCGAGCUGCAGGGGGAGAUGGACGCCUGCGACACCCCCGCCGCAGGGGCCGGGGGGGCUGCCCCCGGCAUCGCAGCCGUGUCCCCAGCGGCUUCAAAUGGCGCCAUGGCCGCCUCGCCAGGGGCUGCGGCCACACCAGGGCUGUGGGUGCAGGCGGCGCCGGGGGGGGCCCUGCGGGUGCGGUGGCCACCGGCCCCCCCUGGCGCAUCCCUGCGGCUGAGCUGGCUGCGGCCCGGAGGGGGGGCCGUAACUGAGACACUGGUGCGGGGGGAGCGGGGAGAGUAUGUGGUGCGGGCGCUGCAGCCCCGUGCCCCGUACCGCGUGUGCCUCGCGGCCCUCGAGCCCCCCGCCGCCCCCCCGCUCUGCACACAGGCCCGCGCCGGGGCCGGGGACUCCCCUCCCGGUUCUCCCGGUGCACCAGCCGGGGACACCCCCACCGCGCUCCCCCCGGCUGCGGCUCUGGGGGCGUCGGCAGCGGCAGCUGCCGGGGUGAUCCUGGGGGUGCUGGGAGGGUGGUGGAGGAGGAGGAGGAGGCGGGGGGGGCGAGGAGGGGCGCCCCCCCCACCCCCUAAAAUCAGCAGAGCGGGGCGGCUGCCACUGCGGCCCCUGCGGCCCCCCGACGAGGGCGGAAUACGCACCGUGUACCCCCCUCCGCCGCCCCCGCUGCCCCUCCCCAGCGCUCGGGGGUACCGGGGGGGGCAGGUGCCCCAUGGCGGUGGUGAAGGGGAUGGGGGGUCCUGA